CAGAGAUAUACAUCAAGAACAGACAGCAGUAACAACAUUCAUUAUUGAUAGCCUAUCAUAAAUCACCUUUUAUGUAAUAAUAAUAUUGCAUAAUUAUCCUUUUUUUUUCUUUCUUUCUUUCUUUUCCCUUUCCCUUUCCUUUCCUUUUUUAAAAUAAAAAAAAAAACUUAUAAAUAUAUAUAUAUAAUUACUACAUGUCAGAUUCACCUCCAUUAACAGAUUCAGAUACAUCAGAUACAGAAAGAGAUUUAGCAACCAUGUUGGAUACAUACAUGAAAGGAAAACAAGUAGAAAAUCCAUUUAUGAGUAAUACCAUUGUAAAGGAAGAAAAAGAAUCCAUGGCUCCUCAAAGUUUAACAUCAAGAGUAAAAAGAGCUUCAAAUGAACAUAUUCGAAUUCUAUCCUCAGAGAUGAUACACUAUUUGAAACAGCAUGAAUUUAAAGGUAAAGGAGAAAUAAUAACAACAGAAAUUAGAUAUUCAAAGGGCUUCUUAUUCUCUAUUUCUCAAGUGAGAGGUAGUAAAGGCAAGACUUAUACUGUCACUAUUGGUCCUAAAAUACAGUGUACUUGUGUAGAUCAUACAAUGAGAGCUAUUCACUGUAAACACAUACUUUAUAUCUUGUUAAAAGAACUUCAAGUACAAAAUUUAUCUUCUAUUAUCUAUCUUACUUUAUUUCCUUCAGAUCAAGUAAAGUAACACACACACACACAUUAUCUUUUUUCUCUUCUAAUCAUCAACAUUCAUAGCUUUUAAAUGAUGUUUUCUCAACUUAUUAUGGAUUAACUGAAGAAGAAGAAAGAGUUUAAAUUGCUUAUUUUUUUUUGUAUAUAAAAUAAUAAAAUGAUCAUCUUUGUAGUCUAUCAUGCAGCAACAUAAACAUA